AUGUAAAACUCGCUACAUAUUUUUCAAAUUGCACGCUCUUGUAGUUGUGCCGACUGCUGUUGAGACAUGUCUUCUGCCAAGCCGCAGAUAUUAAUAAUAGAGCCGUUUUAUGGUGGAAGCCAUAAACAACUAAUAGAUGCAUUGGUCGAGUGCCUGAAUCUAACCGACUAUGAGCUUUUCAGUCUACCAGCAAAUAAGUGGCACUGGCGAGCCCGCACCUCUGCACUUUGCGUUUCACAGCUUAUUCCGACCGAUCACAAUUACAAAGUGCUCUUCACGAGCUCAGUUCUUUGCUUGGCUGAGCUAAUAGGUGUACGUCCCGACUUGGUCACAUGUCGAAAAAUUGUCUAUUUUCACGAAAACCAGCUCGUUUACCCAGUGCGCGAAGUGAAGAAGCGUGAUUGUCAGUACGGAUUAAACGAGAUACUCUCUUGUUUGGCCGCAGACAUCGUACUCUUCAAUUCAAACUUCAACCGCACAUCAUUUCUGGACAACGUGCAGCCCUUUCUUAACAUUCAGCCGGAUUUUAAGCUGAAGCACAUUCGCGAGAAAAUAGAAAAUAAGUGUGAGGUGCUUUACUUCCCCAUUAAAUUUCAUGCGUUCCCCAACAGGCGUCGCGUUUUGGAUGUGGAAGUUGAUGAGGAUGUUAAACUGGAAGAAGAUUGCUUGCAUUUAAUUUGGCCCCAUCGUUGGGAGCACGACAAAAACCCAAGUCUGUUGGUUGCGGUGCUACUCGAGCUUAACAAGAGGCAGGUAAACUUCAAGGUUACCAUCUGUGGCGAAAGGUUUCAGGAAGUGCCACAGGCCUUUGAGGAAAUACAGGAAAAACUGGGAACCAAGCUCAUUAACUAUGGGUACCUAUCGCGCGAAAAGUACAUAAAGACGUUGCUUACUGGGGACAUCGUCAUAUCGACGGCAAGCCAUGAGUUCUACGGUGUGUCCAUGCUAGAAGCUACUUACUGCGGCUGUUACCCAAUUGCCCCUAAUAAGCUGGUAUACCCAGAAAUCUAUCCAAAGGUAAACCUGUACAAUACGCCCAACUCCCUGAUAAAAAUUCUUUACAAUUGGUGCUGCCAUCCGGGACCUUUCCGCAGGCACCGCGAUAACUUCUUCGAGUCAUUCACAUUUGAUAAGUACUCCUCUAAGCAAUUAGUGCCCAGAUAUCUCGAUAAAAUGGGGAUUAAGAUUUAAUUGAUAGCAGAGUGAAAGCUAACUGAAUCUAUAUCUAUUGGUUACAGACAUAUUAUUCAUAAAUUUGUAAAUCUAUAUUAAUAAAUCUGCACUCCGUUAUCAAACUUGAUCAAACAGAUUGAAAAGGCGAUUAGAGUAUAAUUAUACAUUGUACAGCUGCUACAUAUCAUAAAGCUUAAGAAGCAAAGAAUAGGGAAAAACUUCCAGCCACACGUGAUGUUUAAUCUGGUGUCUGUAUAAAAAAGUGGAUAUCGGGGGAAAUUCCGAGAGGUUUGAAACAAGUAUGUAUGCUUAUUUUUUUCGUUUAUUAUAGAGUCUAUCAUAGACCGAUCAAGCACAAAUCAAAUGAAUCGUAUAAUUUGUUCUGUAUGUAGUUUUUGUUUGUUGCCAGCAGUACAAGCCAAAUUCUGUUGGCAGUAUUGCCAUCUCUGUUAUUUUCAUAUUUAUGCAAAGUCGCCUGUUUACAAUUAUUUGUAUAUUUAGUUAAGACAAACUUUAUACUAAUCGGAUGACUUCAUUAUAGAAACGAUUGAUCGUAUGGGUAUUAACCGAUGACCAUCCUUUCUAGUUGAUUACUAAGACUAUCCAAGAAACAUUUCAAUUUACUCAGUACUCAAAGAGUUAAGAAAUAUAUUAGUUUUGUCGUGGAUGUGUCCACCAGAAUCGGAAUCUACGAAGAAUCUAAGAAUCUUUCACCAAGAAACUAUGUUUCUAAGAUCAAUUCGUACCCCCUUCAUGCUUCUCAGCCCGCCCUAAUAUACAUACAUAUAUUGUUGAUCUAUAGCCGGAGUCGGUAUAGCCAUGUCUGUUUGUCCGUCCAUUUUGAUGAGCAACUAGAUCUCAGAGACUAUAAAAGCUAGAGCCACCAAACUUUGUAUCCAGACUCCUUUGAUAUAACACUGUUACAAGCGUACUUCCAAAUCUCUCUCUGCCCACUUCCGCACGCACAAAUUACGAAUACCUGUGGCUUCCAGAAUUUUCAAGAUAGAAUAAUGACCAUAUCUAGCAGAUUGCCGAACCAUGUUCAGAUCAUAAUAGUCAGAAGGAACAAAUCAAUUACACUAGUCAACACGAUUUUUCCUCAAGGAACAAAACGAACUUUUUCUUAAAGAUUUGGGGCUUAG